AUGUCCACACAACAAAGUAGUCAACCGAGAGUCAUCCAGACCCCAUCCCUUGCUCGGGGCUCUCAUGGCAAUGAUGCAGAAAGAGACCGCAGAUCGAUCUCGGAGGAAUCCGAUCUGUCGCAUUACCUCCACUACGAAGACAAUGAUGGCUUUUUCCCUCCGGCCUGGCUAGGGAAGGCACCGCCUACUCAACAUGGAGAUGGUACGAAGAAAAAGCAUCAUGUCCGUCGAAUCCGUUCUUCCUCUUUGGGUCUUGAAAUCAUACGGAUACAAGUCGCCACAGGGAAGGCAGGAACAGAGACUCACAUGGCUACAAUUGCUAUAUCAAGGGGCGAUUACAGGGGCGCUUGUUGGAACAAGGAUUACUUAGUAUUGUCAUUCUAG